GCCCAGGACACGGCUGUGCUGCCAGCCCGCUGGCCUGCUUUUCUUGUGUGUUAGUGUGGGCGUCUUCAUGGUGGUGAGAAUGUGGGAAAACCUUCUUCCAAAUGCCCCCGCCCUCCCGCCCACGCCCCUCAGUGCCAGCCCUCUCUACCCGUCCCGUCUCCCGCUCCUGGACCUGCAGGACUUCACCUACGUCAUCAACAACGACGUGUGCGGCCACGGCAGCGACGUGUUCGCCGUCGUCAUCGUGCACACGCACCCUGCCAACCGGGAGGUGCGAGACAUUAUGCGCGCUCAGAUCCCCCAGCAGGACCUGCAGGGUAUGGGCGUGCGGCGCGUGUUCCUGCUGGCUCGCGCCGAGUGGCACGACCAGAAGCUGUACCAGCAGACGCCGCAGUCCGACAUCGACCGGGAGAACGUGCAGAACCAGGACAUCGUGCAGGGCAACUUCAAGGAGCACUAUCACAACCUGACGUACAAGCACGUGAUGGGACUGCAGUGGGUGACGCGCUACUGCUCGCAGGCCAAGUACAUCAUCAAGAUGGACGACGACAUCGUGGUCGACCUGUACCAGUUCCGACACCUGCUCAGGAACAGGUACUAUGAGAGGACCAACCUGAUCAUGGGGCUGCUGCAGGUGGAGGCCCGGCCGGUGCGCAACAAGGAGAGCAAGUGGUACGUGAGCGAGGCGGAGUUCGCCGACCACUUCUACGCCCCCUUCUUGUCGGGGUGGGCGUACGCCAUGACCCUCGACGCCGCCCGACGAAUCGUGGCCGAGUCGUCCACGGUGCCCUACUUCUGGAUCGACGACGUGCACGUGACGGGCACGCUGGCCGAGCGCACCGGCGUCAAGCGCGAGGGCCUCAACCGCUUCUUCACGCUGCACGUCGACCACCUCUACUGCUGCAUCGAACUCCCCGAGAGCGCCGAGUACCUGUGUGACUUCCUGGCGGGCCCCUCGGAGGGCGACACCACCGUCAUGACCAAGGUCCUGGGCCAUGCCAGGUUCUGCUACUUCAACACCUGUUACCGGAGGCCCCAGGACCACAGCGUGGCCAAGAUGUGCGUGCGGACCAAGAUACCCCCCCUGGCGCCGGUCGGGAAGGGGCGCGGGGAGAUCGUCAGGUUGGCACGGUAACAAGAGGUCAAGCAGGCGCUCGUCGACGCUGCGGAGGCUAAAAGUUCAAGGGUAGUUGAUUUCUUUAUGACUGUACUAAGUCUUUAAAAAAUGUAGGUCUUCAAGGGAAUUCUUUCUCCCUCUCUCUCUCUCUCUCUCUCUCUCUCUCUCUCUCUCUCUCUCUCUCUCUCUCUCUCUCUCUCUCUCUCUCUCUC